UGGGGGAGGUCGCCUCGACCAAUCAGCGCACAGACCCCGCCCACUGUGGGUAGGUUGUUUACCGCUCGGUGGAAACGCCCAUAGAGACAGCCCGAGGAAAACUGUGGAGCCGGAGAGUCCACUCACAACAGUAGACCGGCAAAGCUAGAUAUUCCAAUUCCAGAAAGUAAAUAUCCAGCACGGGAUUUUGUUUCAUCUGCCUAAACGGCUCUGCUGCAGCGGAGCUGUAGACGCAGUUUGAACCAAAUCGUGGGAUGGAGUUUCACUCUCUGGAAUUGGACUACCCGCCUCGACUUAAAAACAUAUCUUGUAGCAUUUCUUCAAGCCAAAAACGAUAAAAUAUGACUGAAAUAAUCAAAAACACGCAAAAAAGGAAGAAUGUGUAUCGUUUUUCUGAUGGAAGUCCGACUUGACAGUCGGCGUGGGCAUGACGACCCGGUGUUAUGUCAACUUGUACUACCGAGCGAUAUGUGUUUAUUAGCCGUUCUGCGCAUGCGCGGUGCCAGAUUUUUUUGUUUUCUUGUCUUUUUUUAUGGCAAUUAUUUUUUUCUCUGUGCGUUUUAAAAGCGUAACUUGCUGCAACUAUCGGCCUGAGUGUUACAGAAGUGUAAACGGCGAUGUAAAUGUUACAUUUAAACUUCCCUUUUUAAAAUUCAGUUUUAAAAUACCUUUUGCGUCCCCUGAUACAGUGAUUUAGGCCCUUCAAAUAUUCUAGUUAUGCUUCUGCUGAGAGCAUGUUUAAUAUGACGCUUUGAACCUAUACGGGUAACCUUAGUUAACUAUGUUUUGUCCUGUUUUAUUUAGGCAGCGUUUACACCGUGAUAGCAGGUUUUGACGGGGUAGCACAAAUCGACAGAACACCGGUAUACUCCGCUACGCUGUUUAGUUGUAUCCCGGAUUUCAGUUCCCUGAGCCCGAGAUACAGUACGUUAGAGGCUGUCAGUGAGGGGGUGUGUUGCCCUAAAAAAUAGUCUAGGCAUGGUGCAGUGUGCGAGUGGGUAGUUGUUUUUUCUAGCUAAUGCAGAGAUCGAAUUUGUACGGGUUUAAUACAGUUUUUUUGGGGAGCCUGAGUCGACGGCGUGGUCCAGCACCACUGAAAGACUGAGGGUGAGGCACAAAACAUGGCAGCUGUGAAGUCUCGGGCAGGACCAGGGGCCAUGCAGUCCGCAUCAGAGGGAGAAGAGGAAGGCUUGAUCUAUAUGCAAUGUUGUGGUCAGGAGGAUGUGGAUGCACAGAAACACCGCCAGCACCCCGUCUUCCAGUCAGCGUCCGGUAGUGGGAGAGUGUGGCCCACUACUGCAGCCGUCCAGCAGUCAAAAACCUUCACUUUUCCACAGUCUUCCAGUGUAGACCUGCCCUACAGGUACAGGAGUCCCGAGUCGGUGGAAAUGGAUGAGAUCAUGGCUGCAAUGGUUCUUACCAGUCUGUCCUGCAGUCCAGUAGUCCAAAGCCCCCCACAGAGAGAUCCCCUGCCAGCUGCCCCAGGGGACAUGGAAUGUGGUGGAGGGGAGCUGUCUGACAGUGGCAGCAGCGGCUACUGGAGUUGGGACCAUGGCAGCGUGAGCCCUGCUCCAUCACCUUCUGUCACAGAGACAGACGGCAGUCUGGGCCAACCGGUAGAUGAGGGGCUGCAAAUGGAGCUGGAGCAGGGGGGGUGCGACGAGCCAGAGAGCAGGAGAUGCAAGAGUUUGAGCAGGGGUGCAUAUCGGUGUUUGUGGCCUGGCUGUGGCAAAGUGCUGACAUCACGGGUUGGGAUGAAACGUCACAUUCAAAUUCUCCAUCUGGGUGGCUCAGAACAGUCCCACAGAGAGGAGGACUUUUAUUACACUGAAGUUUCCUCAGAGGAGGAGCCAACUACUCCCUCUCCUGUUCCUUCAUUUUUCAGUGGGCCCUGGUCGUCCUGUAGCUCCACCAACAGCCAGUCCACUCCUGGACCCCAAGAGGUCCUGCCUCCGUCCAGUGUUCUCAGUCAGUCUGCCCCCAGCAGCGUGUGGCAGAUUCAUACAGAACAUCUCUACCAGGCCUGCACUCCCAUUGAGGUCACCAUGUUUCCUGGAUCUUCUGCCUCCUGUGACCAGCCUCCACCUGCUGGUCUCCAGCCAAGACCUCAGAUCACCACAACCCGUAGCCGUUCAGUCAGUGUGGGGGAGCAGUGGUUGCAGCGGAACAGCGCCCCCACCAGAUCACAGACCAUGAGUGCAUCGCCCUCCAGAGGGCACUGUUCAUUCCGGAAGGGCCGAGGCGAGGCCAAAAAGUGCCGCAAGGUGUACGGUGUGGAGCGCAGGGAUCAGUGGUGCACUGCUUGUCGCUGGAAGAAAGCGUGUCAGCGUUUCCCUGACUAAAAGUGAAAAACAAAAAAACCCAACAGACUUUAGGAGGCGAGAAAGAAUCACCAUUUUUCUUUCCUUUCCUCCGACCACUUCUGGCACUGUAGAGGACGGCAAAACCCCCUCUUUUCACUUUUGUACCUGUUUUUUUUUGUUGUUUUCUUACAAGAAUUGAAAUUGUUUUUCGUUAUCUUUCUUGCGAAGUGAGCGGUGGUGCUAGAUGUUGAGACUGUGAGUGUGGUGGGCUUGGGUCCUGAUUCCUCAGUUUCUUUUUCGUUUCAUGAUACAGAAAGGCCCCGGUCACCCUGUAAUAGAAAAAUUGUGGUUCUCUCCCCUGGUCCUGCACUUCAUCCCCCCUCCUGAGGUUAUUUAAGUGAUUGUUGGUCUUGGUAUAUUGUGGACAUCUGAAAGUUUUUAUUGUUUUUUCUUCAUUUGCUGUUUUUUAGCCUGGAUGCUGUAGUAGCAUAACGUCAUGUAUUGUCUUUAUUUUCUACGUAUCUACUCAGAUUUUUGGAAUUUUUUUAUACACAUUUAUUUUUCUGCUUUGAAUUAAUGCCCACGUCAGCGCUUCCUAAUCAAGCGAAACUGCCAUAGUGAGCUAUAGUGAGGUUGAGUGAAGGAGCGACUGGUGUCGAGGAUCAGAGAGUGAGAUAAUUGUAAGAAAGAGAGAUUAAGUGCAGCUAUAAUCUAUGAUUGAAUACCAAAGUGCUUUUGCAAUGGCGAUUCAAAGGGAGCGUGAUUAGGUGCUGCCCUGAAACCAACUUGGGCUUGUUCCUUUUGUAAGUCCCUUUUCAUCCUCCUAAACAGUAUUAUGAUCUUAUUUGUGUAUUGGAUCAAAUAUUUGGGAACAUUUCAAGUUCUUACAGUACACUGUUGACAAUAAAAAAAGACAUGGUUAAAGAUGACUACAAACGUACAUUAUAAAAUAUGCAAAACUGAGAAGCUGAUCGUUGCAUGACAAAUCACAAGAGAAAUAGUAAACUAUUUUAUUGGUAUUUGUGUGCAUUUUAUGUACAAGUUGGAUGGUCUAAAAGAAAAGUACUCUGGAAACAAAAACUGCAAUAUGUGUUUGAACUGUGUAUCAUUCACAAAGCCAAACUGUUAUGUGUUUUUAAAUAUACACCAUUCACAAAGCCAAAAUGACGUAUAAAUGAAGAAUACUGCAAUGGACACUUCA